AUGUAUGUGAAAUGGUUUGAUACAGUAAUGUUAUAGUAUGUGAUUUUAGUGAAUGUCACUUUUUGUCAUUUUCAAAUUUCCCACCGCUCCGUCCCCCAUAUGUCCUGACGCUCGCAGGGGACGGAACCGAGAUGACAAAUGCCGGCAUCCGCCGGAGGCCAUUACAGGGGACACUGCAGGGGGGACAUCGCGGGAGCGCAGGACAAGGUAAGAGAAGAACAGAUCCUGGAGCAGCACUGCAUGGUAAGCCCGAGUGUAGCUCGGGGUUACCGCUUGUGCUACACUCGGGAAUACCGCCAGGGAGGCUA